AUGCCCAUCCCCAGCAAGCACCCCAACAUCGGCCGCUCGCAGAGCUGGGAUGCUGCUGGCUGGUAUGAGGGGAACUGGGAGAGCGAGAACGCCUUUGAGUACCAAAGGCUGCCGGGCCGGAGGAGCUCCCUGACCUAUGGCGGCGAGGGCGGAUGGUACGAGCCACCCCGGGCCAACGAGAUCAUCUUGCAGGGCGGCGCGGAGCUGAAGCAGGAGGCGUACCCGUACCAGGAUGCCGCCUUCGCCCCGGGGCCGCUGAGGAAAGGCUCCGUGCCUGACUUCACCUACUGCGACCGGCCGGCGCCCAUGGCGGGCCGGGGCUCUCUGCCGCCCCAGGAUUACUACAGCGACCCGUCACUGUCGGCGAGGUCACCCAAGGACCCCCGGUGCUACCGCGACCACGUGGCGGGCAGGCCACUGGCGAGCUACGGGGCGCCUGGCAGCAGGUUGUCCUGGGACCAGACCCUGGCACGCCCGCCAGCCCCACCAGACACCACCCGCCUCUACAGGGACCCCAAGCUGGCCCUGGAUGGGCAGCGGAUGCGCGGCAGGGACGUGUCCCCGGCAUGGUACGGCACGGAGCCCCCCGGCCCGCGCUACGCGGCAGAGCCGCCUGCCUUUCCCGGCAGACCAGGCUACACUGAUGGGACAGAGCGGCCCCCCGAGGCACCAGGGGCCAGGCAAGCUGCCCCCACCUGCCUGGUGGUGGAUCCCACCAGCACUACUGGCAGCAGCUAUGGGCCAGGCAGAGAGAGCACCAGCACCAAGGGUCCCUACGACGGCUACGAGGCGGCAGUGGCGACGCCUUCCCACCCACCGGUGCCCCCCACCUUCCCUGGGCCGGAGGGCAAGAGGAGCUUUGACCCCGAGUUCGUGGCACUGCUGCGGGCAGAGGGCGUCUCGGAGAGCACCUUCGCUGCCCUGCUGCAGCAGGGCUUUGACUCCCCAAACUUGUUGGCCAUGAUGGAGGAGAACGACAUCAAGUCGGUGGCGCCGAACUUGGGCCAGGCCCGAGUGCUGUCCCGCAUUGCCCACAACUACAAGGCAGAGAUGCAGCUGCAGAGGCAGGAGCGGAGGGCCGGGACGCUGCGCCCCAGGACCCGCUCCAACAGCUUCAGCCACCGCAGCGAGCUCCCAGGGGACUACGGGGCACCCCUCAUGGCGGGACCCACCACGGACGGCCCCGCUGCCUCUCAGCACCCACCCCCCCUGCAGCCACUCUCCCCGAGAGGAGUCGAGAUGCACCGUCGGCCAUCCAGCGCCCCGACCCAGCACCUGCUGGAGACCACCACCUACCCAGCCCCUGUGGGGGCUCCUCCGGGGCCACACUUCCUCCCUGGUUCAGGAUACAACACGCCCCUGCCUUGCAGCACGCGUCCGACCUCUGCCUACUCUGCUCCAGCCGGCAUGGCCAUGACCGCGACCAACCCACACCCCAGCCCCAAAACAGCGUAUCCCACCACCUACACCGUGCCCAUGGAGUUGAUGAAGAGGGAGCGGACGGUGGCGGCGGCAUCACCGGCACCCAGCCCUCACAGCAGCCCCCAACUCCUCCGCCGGCCGGGAGCACCGGGGGAUGGUGGCCUGGCACCCACCGGACCCACCUUCCCUGCUCAGGUCUCCCCGUACCCGAAGCUCAGCAGGCGCACGGGGCCCCCCGUCAUCGUCUCCACCAUGGCAUCACCUGAACCAAGUAUCCGCCCGCAGAUCAUGAACGGCCCCAUGCACCCCCGGCCCCUGGUGGCACUGCUGGACGGCAGGGACUGCACCGUGGAGAUGCCCAUCCUGAAGGACCUGGCGACGGUCGCGUUCUGUGACGCACAAUCAACUCAGGAGAUUCACGAGAAGGUAUUAAAUGAGGCUGUGGGGGCGAUGAUGUACCACACCAUCACUCUGACCCGGGAGGAUCUGGAGAAAUUCAAGGCCUUACGGGUCAUCGUUCGAAUAGGCAGCGGCUACGACAACAUCGACAUCAAGGCUGCGGGGGAGCUUG